AACAAAUAAAUUAGGGGUUCCUCGUCACUGACGCGGUUUCAGUGGGUCCUACAAACACCCAACACUGAGAAUGAAACACCAUUCUUCUCCGUGUUCUGUCUCUAUCCGCUUACCUUCACCCAAAGAAUUUGCACAAUAUAUCCCUUCUCUUUUUGUUCAACGAGCUUCUGAAACAACUGGUGGGGAACGUUAGCUAUAGAUAACUCCAACAUACGGGUCUUUGUUUGUUUUGAAGAUCAGAUUCAUUUUACGAUAAUUCCGUUACUCUUUUUUUUUUGUAUAUAUAUAUUUCUCUUUCCCGGAAAUUUCGGUUCAUGUUGUACACAAACAACACAAAACGCAUAAAAAGAAUUCUGUAAAUGGUUGAAAUUCUCUGGGGAUUUCAACGGCUCUUGUGGGUAUCCAAAGAUGUCACAGAAGAGGGAAUUCGAAGAAGCCAAAGGCGGCGCAUCCGAGGAUAAGCGUAGAAGAUUUAAAAGUGUGGUUCAGGAGGUAAUGAGAUUGCAAACUGUCAAACAUUUUCUCGAACCCGUUCUCGAGCCCUUGAUUCGUAAAGUGGUCAAAGAAGAAGUUGAAUUGGCUCUUGGAAAGCAUCUAGCAGGCAUCAAGUGGAUUUGUGAGAAAGAGACUCAUCCUUUGGAAUCAAGGAAUCUACAGUUAAAGUUCUUGAACAAUCUAUCGCUUCCCUUGUUUACUUCAGCUCGAAUAGAAGGAGAUGAAGGCCAAGCUAUAAGAGUUGGAUUAAUCGACCUUUCAACUGGCCAAAUUGUCUCUUCUAGUCAUGCAUCAUCUGCGAAGCUCGAAAUUUUUGUUGUUGAGGGUGAUUUCGACAGUGAUAGUGAUUGGACAGCUGAGGAUAUCAGGAAUAACAUUGUAAGAGAGAGAGAAGGAAAGAAACCUCUACUCAAUGGGAAUGUAUUUGUGGUUCUUAAUGAUGGCAUCGGUGUUGUGGAUGAAAUUUCAUUUACAGAUAACUCUAGCUGGACUAGGAGCAGGAAGUUUAGACUCGGAGUUCGGAUGGUGGAUCAAUUUGAUUUUGUCAAAAUUAGAGAGGCAAUAACAGAGUCCUUUGUCGUUAGAGAUCAUCGAGGAGAGUUGUACAAAAAGCAUCAUCCUCCUUCUCUUUUCGAUGAAGUAUGGAGAUUGGAAAAGAUAGGGAAAGAUGGAGCAUUUCACAAACGACUGAAUUGUUCACAUAUAAACACUGUCAAGGAUUUCCUAACACAUUUCCAUUUAAACUCUUCAAAACUCCGACAAGUUCUUGGUACGGGUAUGUCUUCAAAGAUGUGGGAAAUUACGUUGGACCAUGCUCGAUCAUGUGUUCUGGAUAGUAGCGUCCAUGUUUACCAAGCUCCUGGAUUUCAGAAGAAAACCGCUGUUGUCUUCAAUGUUGUAGCUCAAGUACUUGGACUGUUCGUGGAUUUUCAGUAUAUUCAUGCUGAAAAGUUAUCUGAAAUUGAAAAGGCUCAAGCCGAGGUGAUGGUAAUUGAUGCAUUGAGUCACCUAAAUGAAGUAAUCUCGUAUGAUGAUGAGGUUUCCAUGAUGAGGAACGUUCUCAAUGUCCCGGCUUUCCAAAGCAGUGUCGGGAUUGAUUAUUCAGGUCUGAGUUUGACCAGUUUGGACGGCUACGGUUUUGUGUCAAAUCUUCACAACACAGCAGAAUGUAGUGGCCAGUACAGUGAUGAUGUUGUUACUCCACAUGGUUUAUAUGAAGACUACGACAAUCUGUGGAAUUGCUCUCAGAUUCUAGGCUUAGAAGAACCGCAAUCUGAGUUGCAGAGUGCGCUUGACGAUUUCGUGUCACAGAAGAAUGCUUUGGUCGGUAAGGCUCACAGCAAAAGAUGGACAAAGCUCUUCAGUGUCUCGAAAUGGCUAUCUGUUUUCAAGUAUGUCACAGUUAGGAAAAAUAUGAAAUGAGUUAGUACACAACAGGAAAAAAAAAACGACUCGCCCUGGACAGAUUCGUGUAUAUAUAUACUCGGUGAAAGCUUGUGAAUCUUGGGUUUCUGAGAAUCCAGAGGCGUUCAAAAGUGUUUAAUUUCUUCUUCUUCUUGUUGUCUCCAUCUUUGUGUUAAAGAUGUGAAUAUAUGUUUAGGACAGCUUCAUUUUUGUUGAAAGCUUAAAAAAACAGGGUCUUUAUAAUCUCUGUGAUCAGUACCAAAUUGCAGAUUUGCAGAA